GGCUCUGACCGCGAUGUACGGGCCUUGUGGGAACGGGUGUCCUUGAGCUGCCGGCAGACGACGACGGCGGCUCCACAUUCCCAUGAAUAGACCUCCAGCGGAUGAACUGAUCCAGAGUGAUUCCCUGGGCCAAGGCCUGUAGAUGCGGCGGGGCCUAUAGCUAGACGGAUAGCGGUGACCGGAGCAGUAGGAGUUGUUGGUCGCUGGUCCGGUUUUAAUGCGGGAAUUCCUCGGCAAUGGACAAGGACAGAUGACACCUGCACGGACGCAACCACGCACGGCACCACCACAACCUCCUCCUUCCUCCAACUCCACCCGCGCCCGCGCGCGCGCCUUUCUUUCUUUCCUGCGCGCCGCAGCAGCCAGCAGCUUGCGUUGCUUGCUUGACUAGGAACCUGAUCGAGAUGGCUUGAUCCCUCGGAAGCUAAGCCAUGCACAUGCGGCGCGCGGCGCCGCUUCUCCUGCCGCUGCUGGCGGCGGUGCUGCUGCGAGCGGUCGCCGGAGGCUGCGAGCGGAGCUGCGGCGGCAUGGCGCUGCCGUACCCGUUCGGCUUCUCCAGCGGCUGCACGAUACCGCUCCGCUGCGACGCCGCCACCGGCGCGGCGUGGCUCGGGGGCGCGCGCGAGCUGGGCAUGCGCGUGCGCAACGUCACGGCACGCGCGCUCUUCCUCGAGCUGCUCCCGGACUGCUCCCGCCCGUUCAACGCGUCCGUCAACGCGCUCUUCUCCCACACCUACGCGCCCGCGUCCGGGAACACGCUCGUCGUCAGCUCCUGCCGCCCCGUCGACGCUGCUGCCAGCAUCCAGAACUGCAGCGCCCAGCCGCCGGACCAGUACAUGAACCGAACCUCCUCCCACUGCGCCGCCAACGAGCCCAUCCGCUGCAUCCUGCCACCACCGCGUCCUCCCGCUCCCGGCAACACCAGCGGCGGCGGGGGCCACCGGUUUCUGAGCAAGCGCGAGGUGCUCGGCUCGGGGUGCGCCGGGCUGGUGUCCGCGGUGAGCUACUCGGACGCGCAGGCGCAGGGCCCGUCGCUGCUGCUGGGCAAGCUGGAGCUGGACUGGUGGGUGCCGGGGCGCUGCCGCUGCGCUCACGGCGCCAACUGCACUCAGUUCAUCGCCCCAACCACGGGGGAGCAGGCGUUCCGGUGCAGGUGCCCGGAGGGGCUCGAGGGGGACGGCUUCGUCGACGGCGCCGGUUGCAAAGCAGUUUCCAAGUGCGACUCUUCCAAAUUCUUAUCAGCAGAUUGUGGCAAGAAAGUCCUAGUCGCCCUUGUCAUGGCAGGUGUAAUCUUUGGAGCCUUGGUGAUGGGCCUGACGUGCGUUGUGUGCCACCUGCUCAAGCGCCGGUCCGCGUCCAUCCGCUCGCAGCAAAGCACGAAGCGGCUGCUGUCGGAGGCGGAAUGCACGGUGCCGCUCUACUCGUACCGGGAGAUCGAGCGCGCCACCAGCGGCUUCUCCGAGGACCACCGUCUCGGCACGGGCGCCUACGGCACGGUGUACGCGGGGCGCCUCAGCGACAACCGCCUGGUGGCCGUGAAGCGGAUCAAGCAGCAGCGCGACAACUCCGAUGGGCUGGACAGCGUGAUGAACGAGGUGAAGCUGGUGUCGUCGGUGAGCCACCGCAACCUGGUUCGCCUCCUGGGGUGCUGCAUCGAGCACGGGCAGCAGAUCCUGGUUUACGAGUUCAUGCCCAACGGCACGCUGGCGCAGCACCUGCAGCGGGAGCGCGGCCCCGCCGUGCCGUGGACUGUCCGGCUCCGCAUGGCCGCCGAGACGGCCAAGGCCAUCGCGUACCUGCACUCGGAGGUGCACCCGCCCAUCUACCACCGCGACAUCAAGUCCAGCAACAUCCUGGUCGACCACGAGUACAACUCCAAGGUGGCUGACUUCGGGCUGUCGCGGAUGGGCAUGACCUCCGUCGACUCCUCGCACAUCUCCACGGCGCCGCAGGGCACGCCGGGGUACGUCGACCCGCAGUACCACCAGAACUUCCACCUCUCCGACAAGAGCGACGUGUACAGCUUCGGCGUCGUGCUGGUGGAGAUCAUCACGGCCAUGAAGGUGGUGGACUUCAGCCGGGGCCCCAGCGAGAUCAACCUGGCGCAGCUCGCCGUGGAGAAGAUCGGCAGGGGCUGCGUGGACGACAUCAUCGACCCGUACCUAGACCCGCACCGGGACGCGUGGACCCUCACGUCCAUCCACAAGGUGGCGGAGCUGGCGUUCCGGUGCCUGGCGUUCCAGAGCGAGAUACGGCCGUCGAUGGCCGAGGUCGCCGACGAGCUGGAGCAGAUACAGGUCAGCGGGUGGGCGCCGUCGACGGACGACGCCGCGUUCAUGUCCACGACGUCGUCGCUCUGCUCGUCCGCGCCGUCGCGCGGCACGGACAAGCCGUUGGCGCCGGACAGAAGUAGGAGGGAGGCAGUAGCGUCAUCACCGGUGAAUGCGCUAGUAGCGCAGGAAACGGUGAAGGGUGCCGUGGCUUCUUCUCCGGUGUCCGUGCAGGAGAGGUGGUUCAGCGACAGAAGCUCCCCUUCCUCCAGUAGCUUGCUAGGGAAUAAUAGCUCCCUGCACUGAAUUCAGGCCACGCGCCAUUACAUUGCUCCUCUUCUCAUCGAUCGUAGUUAGCUUAGAGACGUUAGAUUCUCGGUCUCAUCUUUGCCCCGCUCUUAUUUUUCUUCUUCUUUUCUUCGUUGGUUCUACUCCACCCAAUCUGUAAAUGGAACUUGAUGUGGGAGAUCUUCUGUAACGAGAUGAUUAGAAACACUUCAAA